AUGGAUUCUCAGCACUCCCAGGACUCACAAAGUCCAUCGGCGUCUUCCAAUUCGCUUCCUCUUGAGCGACGCGGAUCACGCAGCUCUAUGGCCACGACUCAGACCGAGCGAGAAUCGAUGAAUGCAGCUCUGGAUAACUACCAUAAUGCAGCGUAUCAGUCCGAGUCCCUCACUCUCUUCAACGAUUUUACUAGUCCGCCAGCCCCGGCUGCCAUAUCGGAUGAGAAAAGACUGUCUGACGAAUUACAAGGUGGACUAAGCGGUCUGUAUAGUCGCUUUAGGACUUCCGUCGGAGGGGUGAGGGAUAUUGUCAGCGGUGGCGGAAAAACUGCAGACAAAAAUCCGACAGAGACUCCUGCAGUCAAAAGUCUUGUUUCGGAGAAUUCGCUGGCAAACCCAGUCUCGGACGUGGCUACAAGCUCCGCUGAUUAUCUGCCAUCACAGCCCAACUCGUCACAAGGAUCAAGGCUACACUCGCCUGUUGUGCCAGACUUCCACACUUAUCAAGAACCUGUGCAACAAGCAAAUAUAGGAAAGAGAUCAAGAAUAUCCUCGAAAAAUGGCAGCAUAUCUUCCAAGGCCUCCGUGUCACCAUCCCUUGGAAUCAAGCCCAGUAUCGCACCGUUAACGAAAGCCACCGGUAGCGCCAUUGUGGCAGACCCUGCAGUCACUCAACUUCAUGUGAACGUAGUCGGGAAAGCUGACUGCUCAAGAAGCAGCUCCAUUAAUGGUCCCUUCCAGGGAAUCCAUAAUGCAGGAUCGACAAGUAUCGGUAGCAAGGAAGGCUCUAUGGAUCUUCCCAUGAGUCAAACAUCCUCUUCAUUGAGUCAGAACCUUUCUAAUUCACCAGUUUUGUCUGCAAAGAUGCAUGAAAGCCAUCAUGAGGAAUUCAACCUCACAGACUCAGCAACAUAUACUCCUGACAACCAGUCUCGGAAGUCCGUCUCUACUCUAGAUCAACAAAAGCUGCCUGAACACUCGUCUCAAUCAGCUAACAUGCGAGAUACCAAGCAAUCUGAGCCAGUUCAGGAUCAUGCAUCUCAGCAUCCGGCAGAAAGAUCAAAAUCAAGAGCAUCUUUCCCUUCUGAAGAGCCGAAAGCUUCGGUUUCUACGUCAAAUAGUUUAUCAAAACUUUCCUCUCACGACUCAGUACCGUACAAUGCUGAAAAACUCCCAACCAACAUGGAGACAACCAUUCCUCGUGACAGCUCUAACUCCAAUGAGCCUGCAAAGGUCACAGCUCCCGGUAGAUCCAAUGAGGAGUCAACGCCCUCAAUCCGAGCAGCGCGGCUGCCUGGCUACGUGAUUUCACGGGCCUCCACGGCCGAGACGACCACAACGGUCUCCUCAUUGCCGCCUUUGAAGACUGAUUUCGAUCGGGCUACUAGCCAAGCCAGGCGUCAACCUCCCGCCGGGGGCGACGGUGUUUUAUCGCAGCUAAGAAGUAAACUACUUAGCAGGGAUUUUUGGAUGCGGGAUGAGAAUGCCAAAGACUGCUUUCAUUGCGGAGAACCUUUCACAACAUUUCGCAGAAAGCACCACUGUCGAACUUGUGGUCAAAUCUUUGAUUCGAAAUGCACUCUGCUCAUUUCGGGAACACGGUUCGGACAGCCUGGUAAUAUUCGGGUUUGCAAACCCUGCGAGAAGAUGAUCAAUGCGCACGAUGAUGAUUCAUCUGAAUUCUCCGACAGCGAGCAGAGCCCCAUAGUGGCCAAUCCUCGGGUUUCUGAACUCACCUGGACCAGUCCUGGACGAGCAUCUGCGGAUGACGAUGAUUCAUCUUCGGUUGUGUCUCAAUCAAUCGAUCACGUUCUGAGAACCCCGACGAUGGCUAUACCGGCCACACGACGUGCUGGAGAGGGACAUAACCGCCGCUCGGCAAUUCUUGAAAUUGAUUCUGAUCGCCCUUUAACACGACCUACCUCUUCGCGCUCUCUGCGGUCUUCGCUGGGUGGAAGACCACACUCCCUCAGUCACAAACGUCACCACUCUCGUCAGCAAUAUAUUCGGGGCUUUAAGCCAUAUCAUGAAGACCGAGCCCCCUUCCAACGCCGACAUGCAGAUGACAUAGACGCUGAAUCUCGACUCCCUGCCUUUCAUAAAGAUAAUAUCAUUGACCCUGACCUUGCUCAAUAUCUCUCGGAUGAUGCAUCCAGUGGCGAUGAGCAACCUAGCCUCCUGUCUGCGGUCUCUGAGGGCACUCUGUCUAAAAGUGGGGGUGAAAAUGAGAAAGCAUCAUUUGGUGGGCUUCUCGCUGCCAUGAAAAAGGGUAGAUCUGCUUUUGGAGACCGAAGUACUCCCAGUACGAAUCGAGACGCAGACGAAGCCAGUAUCACGAGUUCAAGAGCCGUGAAUCUCCCUCGUUUUUCUCGACGUCGAAACUUGAGCGUUACUAGCAGUUAUCAGCCGCGUCAUUCACCCAGGACAUCUAAGGACAAUAUGCCCCCUCAUGACAACUCAGCACCAGUCAUAUCUUUACCCGAGAAUGUAAAGCAGGGUGGGUUCAAGAUGACUCGAAGUUCAUCAAUGAGAGGCAUUGAUGCGCCACCUGUGGAAUUGAACAAAGCGAGUCUGGAACACGUACGAAAGCUUCUCCAUCAACUGCUUGUAGAGUCUGCUGUGCCAAAUUGCGACAGCUGGGAAAACGCUUUGAUGCCAAUACUGUUGAAGGCAGCAGAUGAGGUUGAUCCAGAUGUCCAAAAAGGAGAUGAUAUGGACAUUCGACACUACGUCAAAUUGAAGAAGAUUCCGGGCGGCCGACCUGGUGACACUUCUUAUGUAUCAGGACUCGUUUUCACCAAAAAUUUGGCCCUGAAAGGCAUGUCACGGAACAUUUCACGUCCAAACAUUUUGAUCAUCACAUUUCCUCUUGAAUAUGCUCGUCAACAACAACAUUUUAUGAGUCUCGAACCUGUCAUUCGACAAGAGCGUGAGUUUCUAGAAAACUUGGUCAGUCGGAUCGCAGCAUUGCGUCCAAACUUGCUUUUGGUCGAGAAAACUGUUUCUGGCCUGGCUCUUGGCCUCCUCGAGCAAGCUGGGAUUGCCACUGCAUACAACGUGAAGCCAUCUGUUCUAGAGGCUGUGUCGAGAUGUACACAGACUAGGAUUAUGACAUCUAUGGAUAAGCUCUUGACGACCACAUUGCAUAGUGAAUGCAGCAGUUUCGACGUGAAAACCUACGUUCAUAAUGGUCGGAAGAAAACAUAUAUGUACAUUUCCGGGUGUCCGAAAGAGCUCGGGUGUACCAUUAUCCUGCGUGGAGGGGAUGAUCAAGUCCUCGGGAAUGUGAAAAGCAUCACUGAGUUCAUGGUCUAUGUUGUGUACAACCUCCGUCUAGAAACAAAUCUUAUGCGAGAUGAAUUCGGCAGGAUAUCAACCUCGCCGACAGAAGAAUCAGCAGUUGGGCACGACAAAGACAAUAAAUUCAAUCCGCAGAUUACCACUCACGAAGGCAACGCACAUCUAGUCGACCUAUCUAAUGCUCAGCAGGGAGCCAACGAGAAACGUGGUGAUAUCUCUGAUAGCCAAAUUCUUGUUGAUGCCGAUGCUGCAAAAGUUCCUGACAACAUCCCAAUGCCGACAUACUAUAACGAUAUGGUUAAGGAUUACGAGACAAAGAUUUUGUCGGCCUCUCCUUUCGUAAAAUUCGAGGCUCCGUAUCUCCUAACGCGUGCGCGCGAAAUGGAACGCAGGCUUUCGUAUUUGAAGUCUCUUCGUGAUCAAGACCGCAAUUCUAACCAGAUCACCGAUGAAAAGGUCAAACCGCAAAAGUUUGUCCUCAUCACCCCGGAAAUGGUCCAUCAAUCACCGCAAGAUGCGCCAGCAAAAGUCAAGGAAGUAUUGCAUGCUGCGCAUGAAGCCGAGUACGACCGGGCUCUUUAUCACCAUCAAACUCAAAAGCGCCAAUGGGAAGCCUAUGUGGCGGGGAAUUCCAACAUGUUUGAUCCUUAUGCGCAUCAGAAUUUGGUCAUUCUCUACAGUGUUGUGUGUACAACAACAUCAGUCCCCUGCUCAGGGCCAGAUACCUUUGCCUUGGAGUUCUAUAAUGAGCAUGGAGAUGACACAAUCUUCGAGUCAGAUCUCACAAUUGGGCAGUAUGUAGAGGACCUUUGUCACACAGCAAAUUCCGUAUGUACCGUCAACGGCUGCGAGAAACGCAUGUUCGAACACCACCGCCAGUACGUACAUGGCGAGGCUCAGAUCAGUGUCCUGGUCCAGCCUUAUCCUUCUAAGCUCCGUGGGCUCCAUAAUGCCGUGCUGAUGUGGAGCUGUUGCAAAAUUUGCGGCAAUGAAACUCAAGUUAUGCCUAUGUCCCCGAGCACAUGGAAAUAUUCAUUCGGAAAAUAUCUGGAGCUGUGUUUCUGGGGCAGACACUUGCUUGCUCGUACUGGAGGUUGCUCUCAUGAUUUGCGGCGGGAUUAUCUCCACUAUUUUGGCUACAGGGAUCUUGCUUUGCGGGUCCAAUAUGACCCUAUUCGUCUUCUGGAGAUUAUCGUUCCACGGCCUCGUGUCACUUGGAAGGUGGACAACGAUCUGAGGCUGAGGAACGAAGUAUAUUUGCGUACCGAGCAACGUCUCAACAAAUUCAUGAUCUCUGUUCAAGACCGACUGAAAGGCAUCAAUGCCGAGAGUGUUGUUCCCGAGCUACUGGAGAGCUGCAAGACGAAAAUCGAAACUUUGAUCAAGAAGAGUCAUGAAGACCAUAGCUCUUUGGUCCGGCACUUACAAGACAAAUACACAAGUUCUCGCUAUUGGGAGAUCAUACCGCUGAAUGAGGUCCUCCGUGCAGUUCAAGAAAAGGUUGUCGAAUGGGACACGAUAUUUGCCGAUUUCGAGAUGAACUUUUUCCCAUCUGAGAAGGAUAUCAAGCAUAUGGCAACACUGCAACUCAAAAAGAUCUUCCUCGACAAAGAUGCAACAUCGGUUUCUACAGAUGAUGCCCUCGAAACUCCCACGGAUGUUGAAGAUGAGAACGACCAGGAAGAUGACAGGCCACGGAUGAUGCGACGUAUGACACUUUCACCGGAGAAGGCACAGGAUGUACUGGUCUCCGUUGUCGAGGAGCACACUGGCAAAAAGCACCGCGAGGACCUCGAAGAAGUCGAGUUGCACUCGCCUCCAGCGUCGGCUGAGGAAGCAACUUUAUCAGUCGAUGCAAUUGGUGGGACGAGGUCUUCUCCCCAGGAUGAGGCUGUCUCACAAGAAGUACGACAUCUCGACUUGGCUGUUCCUGUCGGCCAUGCUAGCAUUUCGAAUCAAUCUCCUAUAAACACCGAUCUCCCUGUGAUGAUUUCCGGCGACGGAUCAUCGGAAUUAUCACCACCGGAAAGCUCUAGGAUUCCCGAUCAAGGAACCAAGAAUGGAACCGAAGACAGCGUAUCUCCUGACAUAGCAAAUACCCCAGUACGUCGGCCUUCAGCAAUACCGAGGCCUACCGAGCUAGCCUUUCGACGCACCGGUAAGAUACGGUCUCCUCCGCUUUUGCGUACUCAGUCUCAGCCAGCUGCGAAUCUACCACGAUCAUCUCACAGCAUUCAACUUCCGGGGUUGAAACUAGCGUUCGCCAACCCAUCCGAUCCGGAAACCCCUGCAGUGCAAUCACCAACAAAGUCAUCGGAUAGAAAGCUGAGCGAUCGUUUAGGCUUAAGUUCCCUCAAGAGUGCCCGAUUUGCCGCGGGUCAGUCGCUUAUUCCACGGUCAAGGGGAAUAUCGCAGGUUUCUCACCUCGCCAGGCAUUUUGAGCAAUUGAGUCGUGAAUUCGAGAAAGAGAGACAGCGCGAAAGACGUCAACGCACUGCCAAGGGCACUCAGUCCCGAGCAUUCCCAUUGGCGUCCUCGAAGCCCAUCGUGGAGGUCUAUCGAAAUGUACGAGAGGCUGUUGAAGAACGCGAACCGCCGGUUGAUAGUGAUGAAUAUCUGCCCUCGGCUCCCCGGAUCCCAAUGGAUGACAUGAGUCGCAAGAGUGAUGAACUUACGCAUGAUCAUAAAACUCAUAAUGAGCCCUCUCUGGCAAGCGAGUCUCCCGCAGAGCCUAUGAAAGUAGACAGUGCACUCUGUCCUGACGACGAACUCUUGUCUGGCGACGAAGCAGAUGAUCACCAAAGUGAUGAGGAUCAAAACAUAGUUGAAGAUCUCCAUCCAGUAGAUUCACAUGAAGAGACCAAACAGUCACCAGAGGAUGAUUCAAUUGAUUUCAAAGAACUCCCUAAACAUGAGCGUACCACGCUUCUGAAAAUGCUGACAAACUUCUGGUCUGAACGUUCUGCAAGUGGUUGGGCGUCUCUUGACUAUCCACUCAGUGUCAUGGAUCAUGUCUUUGCUGAUUGCAAUAUUAUUGUUCGCGAGGAUGAACCAAGCUCUUUGGUAGCCUUCGCUUUGGACUCUUCCGAUUACAAAGAAAAACUUUCAACCAUUCAACAGCGGUUUGACGAGACGGAAGAACAAAAACCAGAUGCCGGAGACGACAUCGAGGCUGCGAAGGAAGCACAGGUCGAACAUGCUCUCUUGCGACCUACGGGCACACACCUAAAGUAUCAAUUCCAAGAAGGUCAGGCCAAGAUGCUGUGCAAAGUGUUCUACGCCGAGCAGUUUGAUGCUCUGCGUAAAAAGUGUGGUGUGGCAGAUCGAAUCGUCGAGUCAUUGUCUCGGUGUGCAAAGUGGGACUCAAAGGGUGGCAAGACAAAAUCGUUGUUCCUAAAGACCCUUGAUGACCGUUUCAUUCUCAAGUCUCUCUCAACGAUUGAGACGCAGGCUUUCCUCAAAUUCGCCCCGGCGUAUUUCCAAAUCAUGUCCGAAGCCCUGUUUCAUGAACUCCCUUCCGCAAUCGCUAAGAUGUUCGGCUUUUACCAAGUCAUUAUCAAGAACCCAGUCACUGGAACCGAGUUCAAUUGGUUCUUGUUGUUAAUGGAGAACUUGUUCUAUGACCGUGUCCCUACGCGCAUAUUCGAUUUGAAGGGCUCAAUGCGAAACCGCAAAGUAGAGAGUACCGGUGAACGGGACGAGGUCCUCUUGGACGAAAACAUGGUGGAUUUCAUCUAUGAAACCCCUCUCUUUGCCCGCGAGCAUUCAAAGAAACUUCUUGGCCAAAGUGUAUGGAAUGACACACUCUUUUUGGGUCGUCAAGACGUCAUGGACUACUCACUCAUGAUCGCCAUCGAUGAAAGCCGCAAUGAACUGGUGGUAGGGAUCAUUGACUGCAUUCGCACCUACACCUGGGACAAAAAGCUCGAGUCCUGGAUCAAGGACAAAGGAUUUGCUGGCGGUGGGCGAAAUCGACCGACGGUCACAAGUCCUAGAGAAUAUAAGGGUCGUUUCCGUGAGGCAAUGGCUAGAUAUGUGCUUCAAGCUCCAAGCUGCUGGCAUCAAUUCCCAUCAAAUGCGAUGUACCGCUAUGAGAACCAGAACACUGAAGUUGAGACUGUUGAUGGGAACGGGUUUGUGGAAGACACUGGUUACUGA